AUGCAGAAACUUGGCAGGUAUAAAACAAUAAGCCAAGAGAAAGUGGGUGAGUUUGAUAUGGUGAGUUUUUUCAAAAUGCCUCCACCAGACACAAUAUCCGAUGCGUUAAUAAGAAUCCCAAAUGAGUCCAAAUAUCCAUUCUAUAUGACUCGAGCGAAUUUCAAGUCCUGUUCGGAUUUCCGGACCGAAUCGGCAAAAGAAUGUACAUUCAACACGGAGAUACUCAAAUACAGCGGUGCACUAUAUCUUUUCACAGGCUCUAUCCAGCUUUACGAAGUUACAAUUCAUGACAUUUUGGAUGAUCUAAACCGGAACCCCAAAGAUGGAUAUCGGUUGAAACUGGUUAUCCGAACAUUUGCCGGUGAUUACUGGGGAACAAUAUGGUACGACUACAUGUAUUACCGGUGCAAGGACGGGCGGUUAGCGAAAGUUGUGAAUAAUCUUCGAGAAGGAAGACUGUUCACCACAGUUGAGCCGCUUACACGUGACAAAUACGUUGUGUUUGUGGAUUAUGAUGCCGAAAUAAGCACGAAAUCUGAAACGGACAUUACCGAUGAUUAUGGAGGAAGCAGAUACAAGGUUGCAUUGGGAAUGCAACUCUAUCAAGGUGACAAGGAGAAAUUUGAGCAGCUACUUACAGAAUAUGAACAGUCGUUGCAAAGUUUGGCACAAUCGCGAGGAAUUGAUUUCUCAUACUUGCAGAAUAUAAACAGAUCAGAUGAUGAUCUUCCGUCCUCAAUUGAUAGUUUUGCUGACGCAGACAGCAUGAUGAAUCAAAGUAUCAAUAGUGAUGAGAUUGAUGAAAGUGAUGAAAGUGAUGUGAGUGAUUUGAGCAAUAAAGACACCUAA